AUGAAAACCAUCGGCAUCGUUGGAGGCAUUGCUUGGCCAAGCACUCUCGUCUACUACAAGGAGAUCCACGAGUACUUCAAGACCCGGACGGCGAGCGAUGGCCAUCACACCCCAAGUCUCAUCAUAGCUCAAACCGACUUCGCUCUCAUUGAGAAAGCCCAAGCCGAAGGCCGGUGGGAUGAAGUCGGUCGACUGCUUGCCGAAGAGGCAAACAAACUCAAAGCUGCCGGGGCCGACUUCUUUUUAUUGGCAUGCAAUACGGUGCAUACAGCGGAUUCUUUCAUCACCAAGAAUGUGGACCUUCCCAUGAUCCAUAUUGUCGAUGCUGCGGCAAGUAAGGUCCUCGAGAAGGGCUGCAAGACUGUCGGCCUCCUCGGAAGUCGAUACACCAUGAGAGGAACGUACUUUGUCGGGCGGUUGAAGGAGAAGUACGGACUGGAAGUUUUGGUAGCUGAGGGUCAACAUGAGGAAAAUGUGCACAAUGCGCUGUACCAGGAGCUAGCGAAGAACAUCUUCUUGGAGGAAACGAGGCUCAAGUUCAAGGCCGCGAUUUAUGAUCUGAUCUCGAGAGGUGCGGAGGUCAUUGUGCUGGGGUGUACAGAAUUUGGCAUUCUGGUUAGCGAUGAGGAUAGCUCUGUCCCAAUCAUCGACACUAGCAUAGCGCAUGCUCAAGCAGCAGUCGAUCUUGCUCUUGAAGCUUGA